AUGGACGAUUCCCAAAAGGCCCAGUUGCCGGACCCUGUCCUCAUCGAAGAUGUUCAGGACCCUCCUUCGGGAAAGCUUACCGUGGUGCAGGCAUACGACAGCUAUACUCCUGAGUUCGCAGCACAAACCGAACGAAAACUCAUCCGCAAGGUCGACCUGCGCCUUUUGCCUCUAGUCAUCGUCAUGUAUGUAUCCAACUACCUGGACAGAAACUCCAUAACGCAAGCACGACUUUAUGGCCUUCAGCAAGAUUUGAAUGUCAAAGGAGCAACAUACAACACCGCCAUUUCAAUCUUCUCCGCUGGUUACAUCGUCAUGCAACUACCUUCAACUCUGAUGAUGACCAAGGUUCGACCUUCGAUCUUUUUGCCAACAUGUAUAAUUGCCUGGGCAAUACUAUCUGGGCUCACAUCAGCGACGCAAAAUGCCUCCGGAUUGCUAGCCCUUAGGUUUUGUUUGGGCUUGGUAGAGGCACCUUUCUUCCCCUGCGCCAUCUAUCUUCUUUCUUGCUGGUACACCAAGCGAGAAUUGGGAUUCCGAAUGUCGCUGCUAGUAAGUGGUCUGUUGUUAUCAAAUUCUUUCGCGGGUUUGAUCUCGGCGGGCAUUCUGAGUGGCAUGGACGGGGUUGGCCACAUUGCCACCUGGAGAUGGCUUUUCAUCCUAGAAGGAAGUGCUACAGUCAUACUCGGGCUCAUAGGUUAUCUGGUCCUCCCUGACUAUCCGGCAACGACAAAGUGGCUGAGCGAGGAAGAGAAAAUCGUGGCCCAAGCACGACUGACCAAAUCCAUCGGUUCAGACGAUUUCCUCACCGAGGAAACUGCAUCGGUACGACGAGGCGUCGUCUGGGCGGCCAAAGACUAUCGAGUCUGGCUCUUUUCUUGUCUCCAGAUGGCUACUACCGCGGACAUAUCCUACUCGCAUUUCUUUCCCACCUUGAUCAAAGACCUUGGAUUCAAGAGCAACACCGAAACCCUCCUACUAACCUCACCACCAUACUUAUUCGCCUUCUUCUUCGUGGUGGCUAUAUGUUAUUUCGCAGACCGCAAGCAGAGAAGAUCUGUUUUCGCCAUCGUAUCAAUCUGCAUCGCCAUUUGCUCCUGUAUUGUCCUCAUCGCCACCAAUGAGCAGAAUCAAUGGAUUCGAUACGCCAUCUCCUUCCCCCUUACGGCUGGCACAUUUAGUGUCUAUGCUACCACGUAUACCUGGCUUUCCUCGACUAUCCCACAGCCAGCCAUUAAGCGAGCAGCGGCAAUCGGGAUAGCAAAUUCGUGGGCAAAUUUGGCAUCUCUUUACGCCAACUACUUCUGGCUGGAUGGAUUUGCGCCGACAUACCGCAUAUCCUGGGUGAUUGUGCUGGCUUUCCAGGUCUUGGGACUUGCUAGCAUGGUGGCUCUCCGUUUAUCGCUAAAGAGGUCAAAUCGCAAGUUCGAGAAGCUCUCUCAGGAAGUGUCACCGAGUGAUACCAGCGCAUUGGCGCGACUUGACAUCGACGAGCGGCGAGCGGUUGUGGGCAACUUCCGCUACGUUGCCUAG